AUGAGCUUUCUAAGCGAAUUAAAGAAACAAAAAGAAAAACUUAAAGAGACAUCAACAGUGGUAACAAAUGUUGAUGGUAAACAGUACUUAAAGACUGGACAAGAUAUUAAAGAGAUUAAUAAAAAUGCAUAUGGCUUUGUUGUUGAUACUAAGCCAGAUGAUAUACCAGUUUUGAUCGUUGAUAAUUUAUAUAUCGGAUCACAAGAUUGUGCUGUAGAUAGUGUUUUAGAGAAAUACAAUAUUGUACAUGUGUUAAGUUUAGGUGUAGAUGUAAAUAUAAAAGGGAAAAAUAAAUUUAUUUAUUUACUAGAUUUGCCUGAAUCUGAUGUUAGAUUAGUUUUAAAAGAAAGUUUGUUGUUUAUGAAUGAGGCUAUAGAGAAGAAAGAAAAUGUAUUAGUACAUUGUAAUGCAGGUGUGUCUAGGACAUCUUUGGUAGCAAUUGCUUAUUUAAUGCACUAUGAGAAUAUGGCGUUUGAAGACUCAUAUAAUUUGGUGAAGAGCAAAAGACCUUGUAUAAGACCUAAUGAUGGAUUUGUAAAACAAUUACGAAUGAUGGUACCUGGGGGAAUUUUGUAG